CGCUGCGGGGAAACCAGCCAGCGCAGCGUCGCCAAGCCCGCCUCGCCGCGAGCUGGGCGCCCACGGGUGGGAUUCAACACACUUAUCCGGCGUGUUUCUGGUGCUUUAGUUAAAGUCCUGCUCGUGGUGAGGAGAACCUCCCCUUGCCUGUUGGCAGCCCGGACUGCUCUAGCCCCAGUAGCUGCAGAGAAAACUUUGAAGAUGCGAACCCCAAAUGCUCACAAACCAGGCGGCAGAUGAAAAGAACCCCACAUGGAGCAUGGAUGUUUAAAAUAUGAUUUUUUUAGCAGGUCUCAUAAUUUUGGGAUGUCAGGUUCGUGCUUGGGGUUGGCAAUACUGGUUAUAAGUAACUGGAAAGGGAUUGGAACGGGCACACUCCAGCAACCUGAACUAUAGUGGUUGGUUACAGUGCACUCCAGCUAAUCUAUUGUUUCAGUGCUGGUUUUAUGUUUGCUGUGUCUGCAUCUGAUCAAAAAUAUAUUUGAAUGUGGUUUGGAAACUGUUAGUUUUGUUGGCAUUCAUUGGGCUUUUAUUAGAUUACCGUUUGCCGUUCGUUCUGAAUUCUAUAUAAAGAUAUUUUUGGCGCAAAAUCUUCUUUUAUUUUUAAAUGAUUUUUGAUGCCAGUUUUUCUUUUUUAUGAUGUAUAAAAUGUUUGGGUGUUUGUCAUUAUUGUAAUUAUCGUUGCUGCAGAUGUUAUUAUUUUCCUGCUUGUUUUUUACCUUAGCAAUAUCAUAUCUUUAAAAUAAGGCCUUGUCUACACUAUACAGUUUUGUCAACAAAACAGUGGAGGUGUACACACAACAAUGGUCCUCCCACUGAUGUAAUUCUUUUGCUACACCAACAAAAUAAAACCCCUUUGGCAAGCGGCAUAGAGCUUUUUGCAACAAAGUUAGAGCGACACAGUGCCAGUGUAGACACUGUGUUUGCUUAUGUCGCCUCCAGGAGGUGUCCCACAAUGCCCAUCAUGACCACUCUGUUAAGCAGUUUCUACUCUGCUGCCCUGCAUCCAGAUACACAGAUAGGCGCUCCUACCCCCCUUAAAGCCUUUGCCAUGCCAAUCUUCUCCCCUUAUUGGUCCUUUUGGUCAGGUGCCAACCUGGUUAUCUGAGCUUCUUAACCCUUUACAGGUAAAGGAGGGAUUUUAUGCUACCCUUAGCUGUGUGUUUAUGACACAGUGCCUAUCCAACUGUAGGAACUUUGACACCUACAAGCCGAUUGCUCAUGGCAUGGAUGAGAAGGAACAUGAAAGGGAUGAAGCAGUGCCGUGCUAAGAUCACAGAGCUGAGGCAAGUGUACCAGAAGGCAAGGGAAGCCAACCAUUACUCUGGUGCAAUGUCAAAAACAUGCCGCUUCUACAAGGAGCUGCAUGCCAUUUUCAGCUAUGACCCCACCUCCACUACCAAAAUCCCCAUGGAUACUUCAGGGGGACUGAAGGCAACAGCCAGCAGAGUCAAUCUCAAGGACGAAGUGGUGGACAAUGAGGUCGAGUUGGAGGAGGAUGUGGGACAGGUAACAGGCUCAUCUGGUGGCAUGGCAAGCCAGGAUCUCUUUUUGACUCUGGAGAGGUCUAACCAGUCCCAGCAGUCCAUCUCUGGCAUGCCAGAAGCAGGAGAGGGGAGCUCCAUCAAGUACUCAUUUUGCUUUGAUACUGCAUGCUUACAUGAGGAAACUUUGCCAUGCCAAUCGGCAAUUACUUCUGGAGGAACCAAAGCAGCACACAAGCGAGCAGCAUACGGACCUGAUCUGAAGCCACACGCAUGCAGGAGAUGUGUCCUUGGAUCUUCGGUUACCCUCAGUAGUGUGACUUCAGAUGUGCCCUUGAGGGCCAGCUCCUACAUGCUGGUGGAGUGCCUCCGUCAGAUAAGGAGGCGAUUGAGGAGGAGUAAGGAGGACAUGUUUCGUGAAUUGCUGCAAUCUUCAGAUCAGGCCAAGAGCGAGCACAGAGCAUGGAGAGAGACCAUAAAUGAGAAACUAGAAAUGGAUAGCCAGAAGAGGAGACAGACUCAGGAGCAGGUUAAUAAAGCUCAUGCAGGACCAAACAGAGAUGCUGUGGUCCCUGAUUGUGCUGCAGGCAGAACACAUGUGUGCUCAACUCCUCCUACAGCCCAUACAGAACUGCCUUCCUUGCCCCUCUCCCCCAUUCCUCUCAUGUUCCCAGCCCUUCACAGUACUCCUUGCACUCCAUCCCUAGGGACAUUUUCCAUAAUGACAGCUGGACUGACAUGCAGCUGUGAGAUCCUUGUGUCCCUUAUAAGAAAUGUUCAUCUGUGUAUUGCUGUUUAAUAAAAAUUUUGUCUUACAAA